AGUUUGUGAAGCGAAUUUAUAAUUAAGCAACAGGGAACGACCAGAAAGCAAACACAACCGCGCCCUGGAAUUGUUUUUAAUUUAAUCUUGAAGACAACCAAGUUUCUAAGACAUAAAGCAUACAUAAAUGGUUUCUACUUUCAUUGGCCUAUUGGACAUACAAUCAUGGUGGGAGAUACCGUGUAUUUCGCAUUUCUGUUCAUUGUUUAGUUCCGCCUUCGAUUUGCCAGACAUUGAUAUUGAGGACCUCGAAUCGGCGCUGCUCUCCGAUGGUACCAGCGAUGAGGAUCAAGUUGCCUUAGUGCCCGAAUUAAUUGUACGCCUUUUAACCGGCUGCGAUGCGCUACAGUCGGUAGCCAAUGAGAUUACACAUAGCAAUUAUCAAAUGUUUUUGCGCCGAUUUCUGCGCCAACAGUGUCGCCUGCAUCAGACAGAGAAUCACUUUGAUACGGACAUAGAUUUUCAAUCGCUGCCCGUUCGCAAGCGCCUACAAAUUCUACACGAUUUAUGUCACUUUCGCCUGGACUCUGUCGAUGUGCAGGUCAUACUCAGUAAUCUAGAGGCGGACAGUUUGCGCGUUGAGCCGCUCGGCUACGACGCGAAAAAUUCGGGAUAUUGGUAUUUCUACGGUACGCGACUCUAUCGCGAGGAUAAGCCAACAGCCAACACAGCUUCCGGUUCUGGCAAAGGAUCGACAGCAGCAGCAGCUGGAGGAUCCAUUGGCUCCAGUGGAAAUACAGCUUUGGGCAGCAGCAGCACUGUCUGGCAGGUGAUUUGCUUCACCGAAGAGGACUGGCAAAAUUUGGCGGCCAAAUUCAAGACCUCAACGAAUGGUAAAGAACGUGAACUCUUCCAAAUACUGGAUGAGAACUUUCUGCCCAAGCUGCCACAGCUGUUUCGCGAACGUGAACGUUUGAGACGCAGAAAACUGCUGCAAGUGCGCAAUUCGAGUCGCAUACGUAAUCUAGCCGAGUUGAAGGCGCGCCAGGAAGAGGAGUUGAAGGCGCGCCAAGAGGAGGAGCGUAAGCGUGAGCGGGAGCGGGAGCGAGAACGUGAACGUGAACGUCGCGAACGACAAUAUUCAGCAAGUUUGGCACCGCCAGCGGUGCAGCAACGCUCACGCAGACGUUCUCAGUCGACGUCAACAGCUAGUGGUAUUUCAACUUACGCAAGCUCCCUCAGACGUACAACAACAACUAAUUCGAGCGAAUUUCUGUGCCACAGGGAAACCUUUUGUUUGUCGCCCGAAGAGGAUGACCAGAACGACGACGAGGAGUCGACACAAGAGCAGCAGCCGCAGCCACAGCAGCAACAGCAAACACAACAACAGCAACAGCAGCAGCAUCAACAACUAGCGCUAGAGCAACAGCAACAACUCGAGCAGCAGCAACAACAGCCGCAACUUGAAGAUCAACAACAGCUCGAGCCGCAUCAGCAUUUGGGCUCUGUAAAGGCAGUUGGCGAUAAGUUUCGUACGCCGCCACCGCCGCCGCGAGAGAAAUCGCAAUCGCCAGCGAAAUUCAAGAACAAGGGCCAUCAUCAUCAUCAUCAUCAUCACCACCACCACAAGAAGAAGAAGUCAGGCAAGAAGCAAAAGAAACGCUCUCGCGAGCGUCGCGAUCGUGACAGAGAUCGUGGUGAACGGGAUCAACAGCAUUAUCAUCAUCAUCGGCGGCGACACAAGCAUGCGUCUGAGACAGACGACGACGACACUAACAACAACAACCACAGCAACAACAACAAUAGCAAUAGCAACAACAGCAAUAGCAACAGCAACAGCAGCAGCAGCAACAACCCAACAACAGGUGGACGGAACCACAAGCGACGCCAUAGUCGCCAGCAUCAACACCAGCAGCUGCAACCACAACAUCAGCUGUCGCCCGAGAGUCCAGAGACUCCUUCAUUGAGUCCGGAGGAUAAGGAGAACUUUUGCCGACAGCUGCAAUUGCUGGAUACAAACUCGGCGGCCAUAGCGGUCGCCACAAGCAUCGCGAAUCUAAGCCUGCCCUCGCCCGUCGCGCAUGACAGCGAGGAGCAGCAGCCCCAGCAGCCAGAGCCAACACAGCCUGCACCGCCGCCAGUGCCAGCUGUCAAGCGGGAGGAGCAGAUGGCGCCAGCGGCCAAUGUCAAGUUGCCCGGCCGGCAAACAAACAACUCACUCAGCUCCCUAACGGGCAACAUAUUUAUUCCAACGGGCACACAACAGCAGCAACAACAUAGCAGCAGCAUCAGUAACAACAACAACUCCACCUCUUCCUCUGGCGAGACGACGGCACGCUCCAAGAAACAAAAGGCCGCUGCUGGCGCCAGCUCUGGCAGCUCCUCCAAAGCGGAACGUAAAUCGGAGGCGCCAUCGAAAAGCAAAAAGUCAACAGCAACGGGAACGCCAUCGUCGGCCGCCUCCACUGCCUCCUCGUCCAGCAAGGCAGAACGCAUUAGCAACGCCUACUCUGACAAGAGUGCCGAUGACCAUGUAAAUAGUACCAACCGUAGCAACAGCAGCUUUAACAACAACAACAACAACCACCACCACCAUAAGCACGCGUCGCACCACAAUCACAACAACAACAACAAUCACAACCACUCAACGUCGGAGGCAGCAAAUGCAAAUGCAGCAAAAAUAACAACAACGCCGCACGGAGCCCAAACAUCAUCACACAACACCACCAAUCACACGCACCACACCAACUCCACCCACCAUUCACAUAGUCAUAUUAACAGUAAUAAACAUAAAUCUCAUUCCUCGACAUCAAACACCACACAACAACCACACAUAACAAAUGUAACCAGACCCAUAACCCAUCAUCUAACAAAUCACACCAACACCACCUCUACUACAACAACAACAACAACCACUUCAUCAGCGAAAGCAAACAACAAUUCAACGUACAACUCCUCAAAUCAUGCGAAUAUUCUUAGCUUUACCGAAACGGAGGAGGUGCUACAAAUCGGAAUGCAUAAGGUGCUUGUCUAUGUGAAAAAUCAUCGGGAUGCAUGGCCCUUCAUGGAUCCCGUUGAAGAGGAUAUCGCGCCGCGAUAUUACUCAAUUAUCAGAAGACCCAUGGACCUGCUCAAAAUGGAGGAUAAACUGGACAGUGGGAAGUAUCACAAGUUCAGCGAAUUUCGCAACGAUUUUCGCUUGAUUGUCAACAACUGUAGACUGUACAAUGGUCACAACAAUGAGUACACGGAAAUGGUCAACAAUCUGCAGGAUGCCUUUGAUAAGGCGACCAAGAAAUAUUUCGAUAAUCUCUCCGAAGACGACGAUGAUGAUCCGAAUUUAAGUUAUCCCGCCGCUGAUUCCAAAAUGAAUGUAUUCCGCGAGAAGUACUUCAGCAAGAAAGCGAAAGGUGACGACGGUAAGGAAUCCUCAGCGAACUCGACGUCGAGUAAACGUAUACAGGACACAAGUGCGGAGGAGGAGGAGCACAGUGAAACGGAGGAGCCUGCCGCGGAGCUGACAACACACGCGCAAAAACGUAAACGCAAGGAGAAGGAUAAACGGCGUAAGAAAAAAACCAAAACAAAACCCGAAAGAGACAUGGGUCACAAUGAAGAUGCGGAGACGGAUGAGGAGGACUUGCAGCCGGAGCCGCCACCACCGCCGCCUGUGAUCAAGAAGAGCAAAAGUAACAAAGUACUUAAGGAAAAAGACAAAGACAAAGACAAAGACAAGGAUAAGGACAGGGAAAAGGACACAGAGCUGGCCACGUCGAGCAAACGUGGACGCAAAGCCAAAGGCAGCAAGUCCUCGCAGUCAACGUCGGCCACCAGUUCCUCGAAGCCCACUACCAAAACACAAAAGACCAAAAAGGCGAGUAAAAAGUCAACGCCCGAAACGGAAACCGAGUCGGAAGCUAGCAAUCCACCACCCACUGAACCCGAGUCGAGCGACGAUGAAGAAUUGGCUCUGGCCAAAGUGAAAUCGCUGGUGAAGCCGACAGCGCGCACGAUAGCCGCGCAAAAGAAGAAAAUGGUGCCCGCCGAGUCGAAGGUGAAGACACCAACGCCUGUGAAGCGUCAGCCAAAGAGCAAGAAGGGAGGACGAGGUCGUGGCAAAGGCGAGCGGGAGCUGGACGACCUGGACGACGACAGUCCACUGUUUGAUAAGAAGCAAUUGCCACCAACAGCUGCUGCAGCGCUGGCAGAAUCUGCUGCAGAGCUGGAGGAGGACGAUGACGAACGCGACAACGACGACAAUGCGGAUGCAGACGAUGAUGAUGACGACGAUGACGACGUCUCACGAUCGCGCAGCAUGUCGCCCUUCAAGGUGGAUCUGCACAAGAAAUACUCAAAGAGCGCGCUCAACGAUGAUCUCUCCGAGCUGCUGACAACAGUGAAAAAGGUGACCAGUGUGGAGACCUCCAAGCUGAGCGCACGUCACGAGGUCGACAAGUCCGAUCAGGACUCGGAAUCCGAUUUCAUGUCCCUAGCCAGCAACAGUAGCUCCGAUGAGCGACGACGUCGACCCUCGCCAGUGGCCACAAAGCGCGGCAAGAAGUCAGAGGUGAAAAAGGAGAAAGAGAAAGAGAAAGAGAAGGACAAGAAAAGCACGCAACACAAGGAAAAGGACAAGGAUAAGCAUAAGGAUAAGGACAAGUCGCGCAGUGCCAAGCACAAGAAGAGCUCAGCAGAGGCGGCGGCUGCAGCAGCCGCAGCUGCCGAGCAAGCGGAACUGGAGAUGCUGCUGCCCUUCAUGGACAAAUACGAUGUGAUCAAGUAUCGACGCAGUCGCGCAGCUCAAAGCAAUUCCAGUGCAUCCAAUUCUCUAGCGCCCUCCGAGGACUCCAAAUCGACGAGUAUCAAAAGCAAUUCCAACUCCAAGAAGAAGCGUGAAAAUACAACAGAGCCGCCAGCGGAGCAUAAACGUGGUCGUAAAAGCAAAGAACCAAAGCAUGCCAAGGAGUCCAGCGGCAGCGUAGAGAAGUCGAUCAAGCUGGAAAAGCCUGACAAGGAGAAGGAGAAAGAGAAGGAAGAGAAGCCCGUGGAGAAACAGCCCAAGAAAGCAGAGACACCAAAAAGCAUUGAAAAGCCACUGCUGCGGGAUUUGACGCCGCCACCACCGGCGCAGCCCAAAACGUCAACGCCUCCGUUGCCAGCCGUUAAAACAGAGUCGGCUGGCAAGGAUGCAGUCAAGUCGGCUAGCAGCAAUAGUGCCAGCAAUGCCAAGACUAAAGAUUCCAGCACCAAAGCCAGCAGCAAAAAGCGAGCGGACAAGCAAAUGCCGCCGCCGCCGAAGCCAGCGGAAAAAUCCGCUGAAAAGGGCAAUAAGAAGAUGACGGGCAAACGAGCAGCUGCUGCGGCUCAGAAAGCCACGGCCAACAGCAAUGCGAAUCUGGAGGCGCUGGAUGUGGAGACGGAGCAAACGCUAAAGGACAUCAAUCGUUGGCUGGAGCACACGCCGCGCUUCUCGGAGUUUAGCUCGGCGAGCAAUUCGCCGUCGCGCUACAAUCUGCUGGAUGACUUCGACUCUAGCAUUGGCACCAAGCUGGAUGCGGCUGACUUCAGGCGACCCGUUGCCCUGGCUGCGCCCAAGGCGGAGCUGGUGCCCACCAAGCUGGCCGAAGCGCUCAACGAGCUGGUCAGCGAAACCGCGCCCAAGCAAAGCAUUAAAACCGAAUCCGAUGUGCUUCCCACGGCGAGCAGCGUGAGCAGCAGCUGCGGCACACCGCCGCAUUCAAUGCACUCGGGCAACUCCAUUGGCAGCACCUCAGCCACAGCUGCCAGCUCUACCUCGGCGUCUUCCAAUAACUCCUCAGCCGCAGCGCCGCAAACGGCAGCAGCCGCAUCCGUUCCACCCACAACCGGACCAGCAGCAGGCGCAGCAGCUGCAGCAACAGCAUCGCCUGCGCCUUUGAAGCCCGCCAAGGAGCCGAGCAGCACGCAGCUGCUUCUGAAUCCGCCACCGCCGCCGCACAUCAAGCAACAGAUGGCCAAGGAGGCGAAACGCAAAUCGCUCAAGGAGAAGCAAGCGGCUACGGCGCAGGCUCAGCAGGCCAAGGCCAAGGCGAAUGUGAUGCGGACCAUUGAGAGACUGCAGCCGGGCAAGGCCAAGGGAAACCUCAUACAGAACGUGGCCAAGACGGAGGAGCUGGAAACGCUGCUCAGUCCUGUUGUUAACAAGACAAAAGAUGCGAAAAAUGCGCUUACCACGGAGAGCAGCGAUGGAGCACCAAAGCUUAGCCUAGGCACGGUGAUCACGACCCAAGACUUUGCGCUGGGGAGAACUCUCGAGGAGCUGGCAACCAAGAAAGAGCACGAACAGUCGCCCAAGGAGAACAGCGGCAUCGGCAGUCCGGAGGAAUCAGCAUCAGCUACAACGCCCACCAAGGAGCCGCCCAAGCCGUUCGAGGCGCUGCUCGAGCUGAGCAAAGUCAGCGAAUUGGCAUCCAAAGCCGCCUCAGCCGAGGCCAAGGAGAAACCCAACUUAAGUGCAUGGCUCAAGGCCUUCGGCGGUCCGAAGGUCAACAAGAAAUCCAGCGAGGAUGAGAAGCAGCAAACGUCAUUGUCGCUCACGCAGGAUGACGCCCGGGUGGCGCCACCGGCUCACUCGCCAGCUGCUGGCGAUGCGACCAACAACUUCUCGCUGCCUGUUGUGAUGCGACAGCGCAAGCCCAGCACGGGCAGCACCAAUUCGGAGCGCAGCUCCUUCAGUCAGGACCCGGACUCGCCGCGCAUAGCCAUCGAUGAGCGUUAUGGCUCCUAUGCGGCUGGCUCGUAUACAUCGCCCAUUUGCGCCUCACCCAUUGGUGCCUCGCCCAUCAUGGUGUCACCGAAGCCGAAUGAUGACAUGGGUAAGCCCGCAUCUCCAUACACCCUCAACGGAGCCAUCAAGGUGGGCUUCUAUCAGGACACCACGACCAAGAGUAGUCCGGAUAAGAGCUGCAGUCCGCGAGAGAUGAAUUCACCGUAUCCGCAAUACUCGCAGCACAUUUAUUCGUCGGCCUCCUCGCCAAAUGUCUCGACGCCAGAGCUGAGCGGCACUUCGCCCUACGGCGGUGGUAAUAGCUAUAAUCCGUCUGGCUCGGAGGCAUCCAAGACACCAGCCUACUCAUCCACAUCGCCGUUGCCCAUCUAUGACCAAUACAAGCAGCCGCGCUCGCAGGAGUCUGACUAUAACUCUUCAAUGAGUCCCAGCACACCCAAUCCGCAUUCACCCUAUCAGCAGCCACAGAGUUCGCCUUACACCACACCCCACUCCACGCAGCCUUCGCCUUACCAUGGCCAGUCGCCCUACCAUCAGCCUCAGUCGCAGUCUCAGCAGCAGCAGCAGCAGCCGGCACAGCAGCAGUCGCAACAGCAUCAGCAGCAGCAGCAGCCCUCACACAGUCCCAAUCCCCAGCAGCAGCAGGCGCUUAGUCCAAUGCCCAGCGUGGACUCGCCCGCCUCCUCGGCUGCUACACAGCCACCCACGCCGCUGGCCCAAUCACCGGCCGAGCAGCAACAUUCGCCUUAUCAACAGCCCGUUCUGUCGCCCUAUCAGCAACAGGUGGCACCACC